GGUAACUACAGUACACUUGACAGUACAUCCAUGAAAGCAAGUCUCUUCUUUGAUCUCCAUUAGCUUAUUCUUUCAACCUACAGACCCUUCAAAGGAUGCCUCAUUGCUGAGAAUUCAUAGUGUUCCUCUCCAGAACUCUCAGAUAUACCUGGUACGUUUGUACACGGCCGCCGCGCGUCUUGAAACGCGACACCAUGUAGGAUUGGACACAGGACCUUCGUGGUGAAUGAACUGCCUCCUUGAUGAAUGUUUUCGCGGUCAACCUAUUGUUGGAUGGAAGAGGUUCCAACUUUGUACUCAGGAGCUCGGAUCCGGACCGCAUGAACUACGCUGCGAAUUGUUACAGGUCGUCCUAUUUCUGUGUACCAUGGGUCUAGCUGGGAACUCAGGAUGAAACACCUCGGAACCGACCUAGUGGAAUGGUGAACCAGAUAGAAAUUGGAUACUCUGUGGUUACUCGAGGUCAUCAAAAAUGUUAUUUGAGAGAUCCUGACUGUCAUGCUCGAGAAGAUUAGUUGUUGCCUGGGAGGGGGAACGAAUACACUUUUCCCGCACUUAUCCUUCUCUCACAAAGUGUCGUUUCGAUGGUCCACGGAGUUCUGUACUAAGUAUCCACACUGAACAAAAUUUACCCGUGUCAUAACCUAAGCGAAACAGCUGCUUCCCGAAGGGGUACUCCACUGUUCCCUUCGCCUCCCGACAAGUUUCUCCGGGAAUAUUGUGUCCAUAUAAAAUCGCCUCUCACACCUCCCAGCGCGACGGUCACACGUCCUUACUUACACACCCACCCGUCUUCAAAUUCACUCAAUCUGCGCAAAGGUAUUAUCAUGUCUAACGAAAUAAAGUUUCCACCUCUCGACUGGUCAAUUACUGUCAUCCCCGGGUUCGUUGAUUUUCAAGCAGAACACAACCCUGCAGGCACCUGGGCCAAGUUCCCAUCUCCCGAGCGCCCAGGAGAAGCCACUUCGGUGUCGUAUUUGGAGCUUGCGAAAGCGACACAUAGGGUUGCUCAUGCUCUGAGACCGUAUAGAGACGGUCAAGAGCGUGAGGUUGUCGCCAUCAUCGUUGAAUGUGACACGAUACUUUAUAUCGCCUUGCUUCUUGGCGUGGCUCGAGCAGGACUGGUUCCGUUUCCAAUGUCACCCAGGAACUCCCCGGAGGCGGUUGUUAAUAUGAUGGAAAAGACAUUUUGCCACUGCAUCAUAUACUCGCCUCGUUGCAUUCCCCUUGUCUCAGCCGUGCAGAAUCAUUUCGAGAACAAGGGCAUUGAGAUUCUCAUCGACAAUGUGCCAUCUCUCCAGUCCGUUUUUCCUGCUCUUGGAUCCGAGAAUAACAAUAUGUCUACCAACGUCACCACGUACCCAGCCAAUAACGAUCAGUACAAUGUCGAUGACAUCGUCAUCUACUUGCACUCUUCAGGCUCAACAGGAUUUCCCAAGCCAAUCCCGUUGACUCAUAGGAUUUUCUUUCAAUGGGGUCAUUCUCCUAUCUUCAUGUCGUACCGCGAUCGAGGUGUGCGCUGGGGCUCUAUGUCUCUGCCAACUUUUCAUUCUAUGGCUGUCGGCGUUCAGAUACUCAUACCCUUGUGUCUCGGUGAAGCCGUUAGCCUGUUUACUCCUCAAGAGCCUGCUCCUCCGGUUGUCCCAAAUCCUAACAACACUCUAGAAACAGCCAGGAUUACGCAUUGUACGGCCAUUGCUGCCGUUCCAUCAUUCUUCGAGGUAUGGGCGGCAUCUGUGGACGCGACCCAGUGUUUGGCAUCUCUCAAGUUGGCAGCGUUCGCUGGCGGGCCUCUUUCUGAAGCGAAUGGGAAUAAAUUAGUCGCUGCCGGUGUUAGAUUGACUUCUAUCUACGGAACUACAGAAAUUGGACCGGUCACAAAACCCAUUGAAUUAGACGUUCCUGAUAACGAGCGUCAGGCCAACCCAGACUGGGCAUGGCUCGCUUUCUCCGACAAACUGAAGAUGCGAUGGGUCGAUCAGGGAGACGGUACUUAUGAGCUACAAAUGCUAACCAGUGAAACGGCUCAACCUGCAGUUGAAAAUCUUCCGGAUGUUAGAGGCUAUGCCACAGCCGACCUCUUCGUACCGCAUCCAAAUAAGAAAGGACUCUGGCGGAUUAUUGGUCGCACAGACGACGUCAUCGUUUUGGGAUCAGGAGAGAAAAUUGUUCCAUUGCCUCAAGAAGGACACCUCACUUCCGUACCAUUUGUGUCCGGUGCAAUUAUGUUCGGCAGACAGAAGAAUCAAGCCGGCAUCCUCAUCGAACCUCGCGAAGAAUUUGCCAUUGAUCCUAACGAUGGAUUUGCACUUGUGGCAUUCCGCAACGAAAUCUGGCCUUACGUUGAAGAAGCAAAUAAGCUAGCGCCGUCCUUUGCCAGAAUUUUCAAGGAAAUGAUACUCGUAACUCACCCUGAAACCCCCAUGCCACGCGCCGCCAAAGGGACCACACAGCGCAAAUUGGUUUGGGCAGCGUAUCGUGAGGAAAUUGAUAAACUGUAUGAGACUGUUGAGAAGAGUCGAGACAAUCGGGAAGUCGACCUCCCUGUAUCGUGGUCCGCUGGGGAUGCCGAGGAAUGGCUGUCCAGUCAUGCUGCCUCCCUUCUCAAUGAGCAGUCACCAAAGUCAGAUGUUGAUAUCUUUGAGCAGGGUUUCGAUAGUCUAAGCGCGACUUAUCUCCGGAACCGCAUUAUCGGUGCUCUUAAUUCUUCACCUGAUCCACAUAUCCAGAAGGCCGCUUCAGAAAUCCCUCCAGACUUCAUAUUUGCCAAUCCGACUAUCCAACGCUUGUCUACUGCUGUCGUAGCACUCGUCAAUCCUGGUCUUGCCCCCAAUGCCCAUGCACCACCCAGUAUCCAGGACCUCAUCGCGAAGUAUUCCUCAAAUUUCCCUACGUCGAAGACAUCUGCAAAUAUGGCAGCCUCGCCUGAAGUUGUUGUUGUAUUGACUGGCUCUACGGGAGGCAUUGGUGCUCACCUUCUUGCCGUUUUACUCGAAGAGCCAAAGAUCACGAAAGUGUACACCCUCAAUCGGGGGAACCACGUUGUGCACAGGCAGAAAGUCUCGUUUGAAGAUAAACAAUUGCCUGUCGACCUGCUCGACACACCAAAACUCACUCAACUGGCUGCUGAUUUGAGCCGAGAAGAUCUUGGAUUGGAACCAGAUAUGUUGGACGAGAUCAAGUCCUCAGCCACUCACUUCAUCCACAACGCCUGGAAAGUGGAUUUUAAUCUGUCCUUGAGUUCUUUCGAAGGCCAAAUUGCUGCAACUCGUAGAUUGGUGGAUUUAUUGACUCAAUUCAACCACAACGUCCGAUUCAUGUUUACCUCUUCUAUUGCUGUCGCGUCUGGCUGGGACUUGUCAAGGGGAGCAGUUCCUGAGACGGUUAUUGAUAAUGCAGAGACAUUGUCAAAAGUCGGCGGAGGGUAUGGUCCAAGCAAAUACGUCGUCGAACAUCUUCUUGCUAAGAUAAAGCAACACGGUAUUCUUGAUGCGACUUCACUGCGUGUUGGACAGGUCUCGGGAUCGACAAAGACUGGAGCGUGGAAUACUGCCGAGUGGAUUCCCAGUAUUAUUAAGUCGAGCAUUGCACUUGGCUGCUUACCCACUUUGGAUGGAGUUGUCUCUUGGAUUCCGAUGGACUCGAUUGCGCGAGCUAUUGUGGAUUUCGCCCUUGCUCCGUCUGCCCUACCAGAGGUUCUCAAUAUCGUGAACCCUAAUUCUGUCCCUUGGAAUAACGUUUUCGGGAGUGUCGCGGACGUUUUAUCAGGCACAGGGAAGCCUCUUCCACUCGUCCCCUUUGCUGAAUGGCUAGCAAAGAUUGAGGCAGCAAGUCCAAAUGCGACUACGAAGGAUUUCGAGCAAAUACCUGCUAUCAAGCUUCUAUCUUUCCUUCGCAGCCUGUCCCAUUCACAUGUUGAUGCUCUCGCUGAGGCAGGAGGUAAUCCGUCGUGCUCAACGGAACUCAGCCAAAGUCUCAGUCUCGCGAUCAAGGAUGCUCCACAAAUCGAUCGAGGUCAAGUAGAACUAUGUUUAUCCUAUUGGAGCUCACGGCAGUACAUCAUACGCGAUGUCCAGCAGCUCAACAGGGAGACACCGUCCGAUUCGAAACCACCUCUAGUGGAGAAGCGGUCGUAUACUGGGGCUCGUUCUUCGGAGGCCAAACGCGCCAGACAGAGCAUUUCUUCUCCCAUUCACAUUCGUACUGCCCGCUCAGUUGAAGUUGGUUCUGAGGCUUGAAGGAACACCAUGUUGGUGUGAGCACCAGUGCGGAAACGUAUUCGUACCCUCAUCUGAAUGCAAUAUUUAUCUGCCUUCUCGUAUUCAUAUCUGUGGCACUUGUCAUGUUUCUUACCACAGCUUGUAUAAAAGGCAAUUCAUAUUUGAACAUUACGAAGGCGGAAGGACGUGAGAAUGCUGCGAGACUGGGGUGUGAGAGGGUGACUGCCCCGACUGAGUAGCACUGGCAUGGAGUUCUAACGGAUCCAGUGUCGAUGAUAAUGCAACAUGAAAUGUUUCAAACUUAUGUGCCUAUUUCCUGCAUGUCACUCAAUCGAACGUG